AUGAUCCAACCCCAGCUGAAAAAAGAGGUAAGCAAGCAGCAUUCAGCUGCCAACGUACAUUUCCCAUAUUUCAGCCUAGUUUCUACAGGAAAUGGCAAGAUCAACCGGCAUUGACAUUAUCCGAGCUACACAAUCUCAGAUACCGUGGAGAGUAAGUGGUCCCAACUCACAAACCUUUUCAACGCCGAUGCUUUCAGACCGAUCACUUUCUGUGUUGCGUUCGACGUUCACAGCAAGAAGGAUCCGGCCGAACUCAAUCGAGGAACUGCGUCUUUUUUCGCUAUGGGUCGCUCGAUUCUAGAGAAGUACGCUAUGAAAAUGAAAAGUUUUUACCUAACUUACAAGUGCAAAACGAUGGAGUGGUGCGUGUUCUCCGCAAUGAUGGGUCAUAGCCACCUCGUCAUUCUUGCUAAUGUUUGGAUCGGCGCGAUGGAGAUAUACUAGAAGACGCUCGAAUUUAACGCGCUGUUGUUCCAACGUCAUCUACCGGCAUUGACAACGGUCUUGAACUCGUCUACUUGCACUUUGAACACUUCAAGCAGAAAGUGAGUUGGUUAUUCCAGUUCUCAUUCAUUUCCAAACUUGUCGUGGGGCCGGGCCGAUGAAGCCCACCGACCGGGGUCUCAUUCAGUCACUCGCUUUCCCUUUUGGUUUCCAUUCCUCAAUGCACCCCAAAAGCCCGCCAAAAUGAUUGUUCCCGCUUCAUCGUCAAUUUUCAGCAGCGUAUCACAAUACAAGCGCGUGCAAGCAGUACCCGGACACUCAGCACAGCCUCGAGCGGAAUCAAGGGAUCCGCUAAGCAAACGGAAUCAGCAGCAGACACGGCGGGCCAGCAGAUCAGCGGUCUUCGGCAGCCAUCAGACACCGGAAGUUGGCCCCAUCGGCCUGCAGCAGACCAGACGCCAGGACAGCCACCACGGACACGGAGCUUCACGAGUCAACCCAACCAACCUCGGAUGUCCAGCCACAAAAGGUUAA